CACGGACCCAAACUGCAGGCAAGUGCCAGGUAACAGAAUAUAAUGUGAGGGUUAUUCAUGCAACUGUAAGCUGAGUCAAACACGGGUAAAUGUGCCUGGUGAGUUGGUGCAGUUCAUUGAAUUUGUAGAACUGGGUGAGGCUGAAAAGUUGCUUUUCUGCUGCCGAAAUCCAAAACUUCUGCCCGCGCUUCAUCCCCACCACACAACAUCAACAACAUGAUCGGAUCUGGCGACCACGCAUCAACCUUCCCAGCUCUUUUCAGUUUCUCGGUCUCCGUGAUACGCCUACGGCAACCAGUUUCCCCUCUCCCGACCAAGGCGACUGUCUAAUCUGUUUCAUUCCAGCCAGGCCCCCAGGAAACCUGAUCGCCCACUGCAUAACUACCUAUUCAAUUUUACUUUAUAUUGUGAAGAAACAUACGCCCUCACCGUCCACUAUUCUACAUUCUUACUUACCGGUUUCGGCUUAUGAUACCCGGGAGCUGGACUCGCUCAUUACAUCCAUCCCACGAUUUGGUCUGAUUUGUUUGCCGUGAUUGUAACCCUUCUAUCGUUGCGCCCAGAACAGUAAUAAAGUCACCAAACUUGUCCUGCUCGAGUGCGUGAGCUACCGUCUCCUUGCCUGCUUUUCCUUGAAGCUACCGCGCUGCCGUUGUCCACCAUCAUACCUAUCCAGCCAUACCCCCGUGCAAACAUGGAAGCCCAAAUAGAGCGAGCGGUGACGGAGAAGAAACCAGUUCCCGAAAUUGACUUCACCCUCCAUACUAUGGAAGACGGAACUCAAGUUUCUACACACGAGAGGGUUUGCAAAGACGUUCAAGCGCCGGCUUUUCAACUGCCGACCAACGAACAAUUCUGGUCGCCGGAAGACCCGUCGAAACCUAAUCUGCAGUUUCUUAAACAGCAUUUCUACCGUGAAGGUCGCCUUACUGAGGAGCAAGCAUUAUGGAUUAUACAGACAGGAACUCAAUUAUUGCGCGCAGAGCCUAAUCUUUUGGAAAUGGACGCGCCUAUUACCGUUUGUGGAGACGUCCACGGCCAGUAUUACGAUCUAAUGAAGCUAUUUGAAGUUGGUGGAGACCCUGCAGAGACGCGAUACCUGUUCCUUGGCGAUUACGUUGAUAGAGGUUAUUUCAGCAUCGAGUGUGUCUUGUACCUCUGGGCCUUAAAAAUAUGGUAUCCGAAUAGUUUAUGGUUGUUGCGCGGGAACCACGAGUGUCGUCAUCUCACGGACUAUUUUACAUUCAAACUGGAAUGUAAGCACAAGUACUCGGAAAAGGUGUACGAUGCUUGCACGGAAUCAUUCUGUGCUUUACCACUCGCUGCCGUUAUGAACAAACAAUUCCUAUGCAUCCAUGGUGGCCUCAGUCCUGAGCUACAUACACUAGAGGACCUGAAGUCGAUCGACCGUUUCAGGGAGCCCCCAACCCAGGGCCUCAUGUGUGAUAUCCUUUGGGCUGAUCCACUGGAGGAAUUUGGCCAAGAGAAAACGGGAGAGUAUUUUGUGCACAAUAAUGUGCGAGGAUGUUCGUACUUUUUCUCCUACCCGGCUGCUUGCGCAUUCCUGGAGAAGAACAAUCUACUUUCCAUAAUUCGAGCCCACGAGGCGCAGGAUGCCGGGUACAGAAUGUAUAGGAAGACCAGAACGACCGGAUUCCCGAGCGUGAUGACGAUAUUCAGCGCGCCAAAUUACCUCGACGUUUACAACAAUAAAGCCGCCGUUCUGAAAUACGAAAACAACGUAAUGAACAUCAGACAGUUCAAUUGUACUCCUCAUCCGUACUGGUUACCUAAUUUCAUGGACGUUUUCACAUGGUCGCUCCCUUUUGUUGGCGAGAAGAUUACCGACAUGCUUAUCGCUAUCUUGAACACCUGCUCCAAAGAAGAGCUGGAAGAAGAACCUUCCUCAUCAGUAUCGUCCGGCCCUGCAUCGCCCCACCUUCCAAUGGACCCCGAGAGUACUGAAUUCAAAAGACGCGCGAUCAAGAACAAGAUUCUGGCUAUUGGCCGUCUCUCGCGGGUCUUCCAGGUACUACGUGAAGAAGCGGAGAGAGUCACUGAGCUUAAAACUGCCUCUGGUGGCCGUCUCCCUGCUGGCACGCUCAUGCUGGGAGCAGAAGGUAUCAAACAAGCGAUCCAUAACUUCGAAGACGCGCGCAAGGUCGACUUGCAGAAUGAACGACUUCCUCCAACCCACGAGGAAGUGCAUAGGAAGAGUGAAGAGGAGCGGAAACAGGCAUUGGAGCGUGCUGCCCAGGAGGCAGAGAAUGAUACUAGCCUAACUAACAUGGCUAGAAGGAUCAGUAUGUCUUCUGGCUCGAGUAGAAGCCGUCGGACCCGGCCAGAGUAAUGGCGCCAAAGGAAAUUGAAAAGAGCGAAAAAGGAAAAAGGAAAAUCGUUCAAAACAAAUUUAGCACCCGUUUCGAGUUAAAAUAACGACGUCAUAUCCCGGUUUAUUUUUUAAACUCAUUAGCUAGCUAAGCUUUUGCGCCACGAUGUAAUUGCAUGUUAAAAAGACCAAUGUCCCACAGCUUGCGUUACGAAGAGAUAGACCUUUUGCUUGUUUUUGGUGUGAAGACGCUUUGAAAGGGCAGGAAGGCGACUGCUGGAAAAGCCCAACAUAUGUGGAUGUGCUAUGACUGGUGUUGCUUUUCUUUCUCUCUCUCUGUCUUUUUUUUUUCGCUCCAAUUCUCUUCUAUAAUGCCGAAAUAAUGACCUUACUUUUUGACGCAGCCUUUGAAAAUAUGGGGCAGGGCCUCUAUAUUAACUCUCACCUCAAAUGCAAUUAGUACUGACAAAUGCCUCUCCCUUUUUAUUUAUCUGUUCUUCGCCGCUGUUCUUGCUCUGUCCUAAUCUCCUUCCCAUACAGCGCUCUGUUCAAUCUUCCAGGGAUAUGCGAAUGAUACCGUCAACUCUGUUGCCACGUCACUGAAAUUCGCCUUCUGGACGUUGCUAUCUCAGGGUAUCUUUAGAAGAAAUCAUUUUCAAUAUACUAAAAUAAAUAAAAUGUCCCAAAAGCCGUUUGAGGGCGUGUUGAGAACAAUGUCUCUAGACGCUGAACUGAUAAAGUGAGCGCAGUCAGCACUUGUCGGCUAUUCCCAGAUUUUUUCAACCUGCCUUCCAGAGACUGUCAUCAA